CAUCGGUGGUGUACAGGCGGAAGUAGCUGUGCAGCGAUGAAACGUUUCCCCGGCGCCCAAGCUUGGGUCUGACUUUCUGUGUCGGUGCCAUGGACCUUCUGAGAGGGAGCAGGACGCUGAGGUUCGGGGUGCCGAUGCUGUUACUUAUUAUUGGAGGAUCCUUUGGUCUCCGUGAAUUUGCUCAAGUUCGGUAUGAUGUCCAAAAAGUGAAGAGAAAGGUGACACAGCUUAUAAACACAGUACUCUGGGAAGGGGAUCAUAUUGGAAAUCAGAGUUACUUGAUGGAUCCAGCACUUGAAGCACAGUUAAAGAAGAAUAAAGACAAGAUCACACUAGAGUCAGAAUAUCAGAAACUUCCAGAGCCUAACUCUGACUGGGUAAACAUCAGAGGACCACGUCCCUGGGAAGAUUCAAAAGCUGCCCAAGAACAACAACGGAAGAUUCAAAUUGGGAACGGCAUUAAAUAGUGACAUGAAUCACUGGUUAUUAUUCAUUUACAUCUGGAAAGCGAAGAUUUACCUCAGCUAAUUUGAAUACAAAAUAUUAUAUAAAAUUUUUGCAUUACAUGUUUGUUUGCAUUGAUUUAAUAACAAGAACUGUAAAAUGGCAGAGCAGAGAGAAUGUGAAAGGAUCUACUGAUUGUAUUGCAAAACACAAUGUAUGAAACAGGAUUUUUCUUUUGAAAUUACCUUCGAAGGUUUUAACAAUGCGAAGUGAGCUUUGAACUAUUGCAGCAAGAAAUUUACAGCCAUAUGCUAUCCUUAGUUUUCCAGUGUUAGUACACUCCUCUCAAGCAGCAAUUUCCAUUGUUUCCUAGCAACCAGUGCUGGUAGCUCUGAAUUAGAGCUUGCACUAGACCUAUGAAAGAUGUUGCUUCUUGUGAGCUGCUUCAUGUUGGCUUUCAUUUGUGGAGCCCCAUGUACCAGGCGAAGUCAGUAGCCUGCAUUUGUGUAAUUGCACCUGUAAUUGCACAUCCCCAAAGAUUGUCUGGAUGCCUCUUGAGGAAUUUUCACUAAAUAGACAGAACCCUCACUGGAGUUUGUUAAAGCAGAUCCCCAGAGAAAAACCUAAUCACUUUUUCUUGCUGGGUAUCCCACAACUGUUUCUUCAUCAGGAAACUGAAGAACUAUAAUAUCUAAAACACAGCCUUGGGCCAAGCUAGCAGCUUGUGAGUGAAGACUUUGCAUUUUUAUAAGAAGAGUUAACCCUCAGAAAAUGUCAUGUGUCUUGCAUUUUACUGUCCCAAACAACUUUAGAUGUGUGAUCUGCUUUACAUUUCUGUCUAAUGUAUGACAAUUUUUUUCAAUUGAAAACAAUAAAAUUUGUUAUUUAUUAAAGCAACCUGAUGCAAUUAA